UAAUCAGAUUAAAUCACUAACAACAUCUACUCAAAAAGGUAAUAAACAGCUAACAUGGCACGCUCCAAGGCGCCUCUCUCUGUAUCUGCCUUUCUCUCUCCUCUAAAAAAAAAGCGAGCGAAAAUGCCACUUUCCUUUUCACUUCACUUCCCAAUCAAGCCUUCCAUCUUCCCCCUUUUCUUCUCUUCAUCUUCCCUUCCCUUCCCUUCCCUUCCCUUCUCUUUCUCUCUCCUCUUUCAUUUCCCCAUCAUUCCCUUUUCUCUUUCUUUACUCAUCAUUUCAUCGUUCUUCCUACGCUAAUCACCCCCAAUUUCAAUAUCCUUUAACACACACAAAAAAUCCCAAUUCAGUCCAUAAACUCUGAAUUUUGAUAAAAAAAAAUAAUGGGAAAUUGUUUUACAAAGCAUAACAACAAGAAAUGUCUAGUAGAAAUUGCACCGGCAGAGGAUUUAGCUGGCGGGAAACCAACUCCACCAAUUGUUUUUCUAUAUGGUGAUCCAAAUAACUCUGCUACUCAAUACCUACGUUUUGCUCUUCUCUUCAAACCACUCUCCCUUCGUUUCGUCCCUCGGGCCGAAACCCCGGAGUUUACAGUCCGUUUCGAUACGGAUGAACUGGUUUCGGGACCGUCCGAGGUGAUAUUGGAGUACAUUGAAUCGAAGCUCCCUCGUCCUGCUCUGUUUAAACUAGAGAGAAAUGGGGUGGUAGAAGGUGGUUGGGAAGAGGAGGAUAAAACGGCGGCGUUUUGGGUGGUGGUGAGAAUGGUUGUGCUUCAGCAUAAGAGUAUGAAGUGGCAUUUGGAGAGGGUGGUGAGGUGGGGGUUGGAUCUCUCAACACGUGGUGGAGUAGGAGCCGUUGAUCCGAGUGUUGGGACUCCGAAAAUGGAGGUGAGUAAGUUAGGGAAGAGUUAUGGGAAGUUGCUUGAGGUAUUGCUUGAGCAUGCUCAGAUGGAGGAGCGCAUUCUUUUUCCUAUUUUACAAGCUUCUGAUCCAGGGAUAUGUAGAUGUGUGACUGAGGAACAUGCAAGGGACCUGCCUGUAAUGAAUGGAAUAAAAGAAGAUAUCAAAUCCGUGGGAGUUCUGAAUGUUGGUACUUCUAUCCAUAGGGAGGCCUUGUGUAGCCUUACUGCUCGACUGCAAACAUUGCAGGAGAACUGCAGCCAACAUUUUAAUGAAGAAGAGAAAAAUCUGUUACCGCUGAUGGAGGCAGCUGAUUUGACCAAGCAUCGACAAAGAAAAAUUGUUGAACAGAGUAUUAGUGUGAUGCAAGGGACUCAUUCUCACUUAUUCCGCUUUUUCAUCGAUGGAUUACUUCCUCAUGAAGCGAUGGAGUACUUGGAUUUGGUGAUGAGCUGCACUGACAAGGAAACAACCGCCUCCAUGCUAAGUGUACUUGUUGACUAGAUUUUAAAAGAAGAGAUUAAGGCUUUCCAACAACUCUCAUUACAGAUAGGACAGCACCAACGUGCACUUUCAUUUCAUUAUACAAAGCUAGGGAACAUCUUUACCGGGGUAUGUACGAUUUGCGUUGGCUUUGUCAAUGAAGUUCAAAGUGAAUGGGAGACCUUGAAGAUCAGAUUAGCUAUUUUCAGUAUUAACAUGGCUUUCUGAGUGUAAAUAUGUAGAACUGACUUUUUCCAGGAAACUUAAGUGACUCUUUUCAGUUUAUAUGGAAAAGAACCGGAUGUAUUUUUUCUGUGCAUGAAGAAUAUUUUUAAUCUCCGACAGUUCAAUUGGAUUGUAAAGUAUUACAGUGUGUUGUUAUACAGGACCAUGUUCGGAACAUUGUUAGCCA